UUAUGGGCCAAUCUAACAACAAGGCCCAGAAACCCAACAGGGUGACAGUAAGGAAGCACGGUUGGAUCUCUGACAGCAAUAUUAAAGAGAAAAGGACUGGUGCCCGAAUGCCUGGCUUCAGUUUUGGUUUUGGGAGGAACCGUGUUAAACGGAUUCACCUCAAACCAGAGGAAGCUGAGCCGGCCGGUUUUCAGCCAGAAACUGUUAGGAACCAGUCCAAAUUCUCUCAAAUAUUCUUGUGCUGUCUGUCUUCUCCGGAUGAUCAUCUUGAUGUCAUCCAAACGGAGAGGAUCUCCAACACUUCCAACAACAAGAACAAGGUUACUGAUGUGGUGGACGCCAUGUCUGAGAACCAGAAACACAAAAGCCUUGCUCUAUAUCAUCCUGAAAACACCAGCAGUGGUUUCUCUAAGGAGAACCACCUGACCGUGCUGACUGAGGCAGAAAAAUCCAGCGCUGCUUCUCAGAUAAAGGAGAAACCGGAGGAACCUUUUAGAAGUUUCUUUGAUGGUUUCUUUGAGAAUGACGGCUGGUCUGUCUGGUCAGAGGAGGAGGAGGAUGAUGAUGAAAGUGCUGCUCUGAACUCUCCUGGGAUGCUCAGCCAUCGUUCCUGGGAACGAAAGAUGGCCUCUGAGCAGAUCGAUAAGAUCAGUAAUGCAACCUAUGAUAUCAACAGUCUGGAUGCAUUACUGGAUGAGGUGGAAAUAGAGCUGGCCCUGAAACAGGAACACAGCCUUCCACUAGAUCCUCCUCAAAACACUGACAGUGGUUUCUCUAAGGAGAACCUGACCGUGCUGAAUGAGGCAGAAGAAGCCAGCUCUGCUUUACCUGAGAAACCGGAGGAACCUUCUAACAGGUUCAAUGAUGGUUUCUUGGAGAAUGACUGCUGGUCUGUGAUGUCUGAAGGCACAUCUGUUUGGUCAGAGGAGGAUGAUGAUGAUGAAAGUGCUGCUCUGAGCUAUCCUGGGAUGCUCAGGGAUUGCUGCUUGGGAAAAGGAGACAUGGCCACUGAGCAGAUUGAUCUCGAUAAGAUCAGUAAUGCAACCUAUGAUAUCAACAGUCUGGAUGCAUUACUCGAUGAGGUGGAAGAAAUGAUGACCCAGAAAGAGGAACGCAAAAACCUUGCAGUAUAUCAUCCUCAAAACACCAAGAGUGGUUUCUCUAAGGAGAACAAGGAUGAUGAUGAUGAUAGUGCUGCACUGAGCUAUCCUGGGAUACUCAGCGAUUGCUCCUGGGAAAAAGGAGACAUGGCCAGUGAGCAGAUCGAUUCGAUCAGUAAUGCGUCCUUUGACAUCAACGGUCUGGAUGCAUUACUUGAUGAGGUGGAAAAAAUGCUGGGCCAGAAAGAGGAUGUGAAACUGCAGGUGAAACCUUCUAAUAAGAAUAACAUCAUGGAUGAAGUGAUCAGGAGAACCAUUGCGGAGAUCCUCUUUGCUGAGGUGGAUGAGGUUCCGAAAGAGCAGUAGAACCUUAAUGCCCUGGGCUUUGCUCAGGAUGAAGCUCUCCAACUGAUUCACUGUAAAUAGCUUGAUUUAAAUCAGUUAUCUGAAAUUCUAAUAAACUUCUAUUACCUGCA